AUGGCGCCGCUGCUCUUGGCUACGCUUGUUCUCCUCGCCAGCCUGCUCGGCCUGGCUGCGUCCGAGAGCAGCUUCACCGAGAUCACCACCAACCGGGUGUCGUUCAACAUCACCGAGGCCAUCAGCGAGAAGAUUUAUUCUUGCCCGGUCAAGAACACCACCGAGAUUUGCGGUAUCUCCUACCCCGGUGAGAUUAUUCUGAAGCCCAUUGACGGCCCCGGCAGUGUCAACGAGUCGAACUUCAUGCGCUUCGCCCUUUCCGAGGACGACCCGAUCACCGAUACCUUCCUGGUCACCAAGCGCAGCCUCUACUGCAUUACGGUGGUCCCCCAGACCGGCAACGCCGAGGGCACCAUCUACUCGGUCUUCCCCUAUGGCAAGGUCCCAGCCCUGGACUAUCCCCUGCUGCCGUUCUAUGGCUUCCUUGGGCUCUUCUAUCUGGCGAUCGGCUUUGUCUGGGCCGUCCUCUGCGCCCUGUACUGGAAGGAUAUCCUGCGUGUGCAGCUUUACAUCUCCGGUGUGGUGCUGCUCAACUUGAUGGAGUGCAUCUUCUACUUUGCCUUCUACAACGACUACAACAAGACGGGUGUUCAGUCCAUGCCCCUCCUCACGAUCUCGGUCAUCUUCGGCGCUGGUAGCCUGAGUUCCUCCCUGUCGGCCUUCCUUGUCGUCUGCAUGGGCUUCGGUCUGGUCAAGCCCACCCUCGGCACCACUGGCCACAAGGUGUUCAUCCUCGGCUUCGUCAACUUCCUGGUGUACUGCCUGUUCAAGGCCACCCAGGUUCUCAACCGGAUGCAGGAUGCCCCGGAGCAGCAGUCUUACACGGUCCUCAUGAUUGCCCUGGCCCAGUCCAUCAUCCUGGCCAUCUACUUCUUCUGGAUUUCUUCGUCCCUCAGCGAGACCAUGUCGCGCCUGGUCCUCCGCCACCAGUCGGAGAAGCUUCGCGCCUACAAGUAUCUGAACCACAUUCUCUAUGUGGCGCUGUUUGCCUUCCUCUUCGGUGUCAUUGUCAUGGUCCUGCAGAACGCCGAUGUCCAAUUCCAGCGCGAGAACUGGCAUCUCCUCUGGUUCACCAAUGUCGGCCUCUUCCAGCUCCUCUACACCGUGGUGCUGGUGCUCAUUAUGUUCCUCUGGCGCCCGACCACCAACAACUCUCGCUUCACUCUCGAGCAGAUCCCCCUGGAGGAGCGCGUCACCUCGGUGCAGGUCGGCGACGGGAAGCUCACCUCGCGCACGCGCACCGGCCGCGAGAAGGUCGAGACCGAGGUUGUCGACGAGGACCUCAAGUGGGUGGAGGACAACAUCCCGGUUCUCGAGGAAAUCGAGAACAUCCUGGCAUCGGACGUUAUGGCCGACAUGCAGGAGCACGUCCGGAUGAUCAAGAACGAGCGCUCAAAGAUGAACUGA